CGGUCGGCUUGACGCCAGAAGAGGAGGAUGUGUUCAUCAGAGAAGGAGACGUGGAAAUGGAGCAGGAACAAAGAGGCUCACAUUUUGUACAAACUAUUCAAAAUAUGUAUGAACCUACAAUAAUGAGUUGUCCACUGAGUCCGUUCAGGUGUCUCCUCAGACGGAACUCGUCUCAUCGUCUCUCUUGGCGCUUUGGUUGAACUCGAGGUCAAAGAUAUUCUAAGGAAACUUGAUAAUUCCAGGAAAAUGUGUCACAGGGAGAAUUGAAGUGUUGUGUGUUUGAACCCCCGAGUGCGCUCGCCGUCUGCCUGCCGCUCACACGUGAGGGUGUGAACCAACACAUCCAGACACGUUCACAGAGACAACGCUCGGGGAAACACUCACAUGGACGGACGGAGAGACGGAAGGGAGGAACAACAGAGGUGAAGCUGACAGGAUGACCGAACAACUUCUCACCACUCCCAUCGCCCGCGGCUCCAACAUGUCGGCGGCGGAGGAGCUGGUGAACUGUACGCAUGACAACAAAACGUUCAAGUACCGUGCCUACUCCUUCACAUACCUGCUGGUGUUUCCCGUCGCCUUCGCCUGCAACACUGGAGCGCUGGUGGUUUUCCUGCUGCAGUGCCGCCGCCGCAGAUGCUCCACCUCCGUCGUGGUCAUGAUGAACCUCGCCCUAUCAGACAGCAGCUUCUCCCUCACCCUGCCGCUGCGAUUGGCUUAUUACUUCAACAAUGGAGUGUGGGACUUUCCUGAUUGGCUGUGCCGAGUGUGCGGCUACGGCUUCUACGUCAACCUGUACACCAGCAUCCUCUUCCUCACUCUACUGAGCUUACUCCGCUGGCUCGCCGUGUCCCGCCCCCUCCACCACAGCGCUCUGGCCACGCCCACUCGAACCCUAUUGGUCUGUCUGGGAAUCUGGGCGUUUGUGGCCGCGUGCUGUUCUCCCUUCUCGUUCGAAGGGGUGUCAACCAGGUCGGGGUUGCGUCAUUGCUUUGAGCCGUCCAAUCCGUCCUCUUUGGGGCUUAUGCUGAUCUUAAACUACGUGGGAUUGGCUGUUGGCUUCCUCCUGCCGUUCAUCACACUCAUCAUCUGCUACAGCAGUAUCAUACAUCACCUGAUGGCCAAAUCCGACGUCCGCAGCAACGAGUCCAGCGGCAUUUUGCGUAGUAAAAGGCGGCGUUCUGUGCACCUGGUUACCAUGGUGACCGUGACAUUCCUGUUCUGUUUCCUGCCCUAUCACUUGUUUCGAACGCUGCACCUUCAUGCUUUGUACGGCGGGUGGAGGUGUGACGUCCAGUCGGCGCUGCAGCAGGUAGUGGUGGUGACACUGUGUCUGGCGGCAUCAAACUGUGUGGUCAACCCACUGCUGUACUACUACGCCACCAAGUCCUUCAGAGACAACUUGACGAGAGUUCGCAGCUCAGUGUUGUCCAGCACGGGUAGGUCCGCAGACACCAGAAGGUCAAGAUGGAGAAGAGUUCUGACACCUGAGGAAACACCUGGAACAUCUCACGUGGAACUUUAUCAUUGUGCUCUGCAGAGUGAGUCCACCGCUGAAAGUAGUCCGCAACAAAUGCACCAUUCUCAGUAACUGUACAGCAGUGGUGAAAGCCACUGUAGAAAAUCAAUCUGACAACAAUACAGUCAAAAAAGAGGCGACGGUUGCGACAUUGAAUUGUCUUAUAAAAACAUAACAAGGUUGAAAAGCUAAUUUCCGUUAUUCCAUCAUUUUCAAAUUACUCGUAAUUUGCAUCAGUCCAUCCUUUUUCUUCCACUUCUCUGAGAUUUGGUUGCCGAGGUCUUCAGGCUUCUCCUAUGAAGACAUAUUUAAUACAAUUAUAUUAUUAUGUUUGUUUCAGCAGGCUCCAAUUAGGUCAUUUAAUAAACACUUAUUAUAAACCCGUUA